CCACAUUCGGCUAAACAGCAACUCCACAAUUUUACGGUAUGUACUUGAAGGCAUCACAGAAACUUUUGACAGUUUUGCUUCACAUGAUCGCAGCUUGUCAGACCACCACAAUGCGGAGGAUGGCUGAGGAGGUUCAGCCUCGCACUGAGCAGAGUUCGUGGCUACCAAACUGGCUUCCUUCCUGGUGCCCCACUUCUCCAACUCAGCUGAAAGAUGCAGAGGAAAAAAUGCUAAAGAUUGUGAAGCAACCCUACUCAAGGCAGCACAUCUGUAUAUCCAGCAGCAACUACCUGUGGACCAUAGCCUUUUCCACACACCUGCAUCCAAACUCAACAACUCACCUGCAGCCUUCCUUCCAGCCCAAGACUCCUCUGGUUCUGCUCCACGGAUUUGGAGGCGGUGUCGGCCUUUGGGCCCAGAAUCUGGACGCUCUGUCCAGCUGCGGACCAGUCUAUGCCCUGGACCUGUUGGGGUUCGGAAGGAGCAGCCACCCCCAGUUCAGCGCCGACCCCAAGGAGGCAGAGGAACAGUUUGUGGUGGCCUUGGAAGAGUGGAGGGAGAAGGUGGGCCUGGAAAAGAUGGUUCUGCUGGGACACAACCUUGGAGGAUACCUUUCUGCAGCCUACACGCUUAAGUACCCAAACAGGGUGAGACAUCUGCUACUGGUGGAACCGUGGGGAUUCCCAGCCCGCCCAGACAACCCUAACCACUACUCCAUCCCAGUGUGGAUCAGAGCCAUCGGGGCUGUCAUGAGCCCAUUCAACCCUUUGGCUGGUCUCAGGCUGGCUGGUCCUCUGGGUCCGAUGCUGGUCCAGACUAUCCGGUCGGAUUUCAAGCAGAAGUACUCUUCUGUGUUUGAUGACAACACAGUGUCCGACUACAUCUACCAUCUCAAUGCACAGACACCCAGUGGAGAGACAGCCUUUAGGAACAUGACCAUUCCGUAUGGAUGGGCGAAGAGGCCGAUGCUGGAGCGGAUCGAUGGGGUCAGAGCCGACAUUCCCAUCUCCUUCAUUUACGGAUCUCGAUCCAGCAUCGACAGCAACUCUGGAUAUGCAGUGAAGAAAACCAGGCCAGAUGUAGAAAUCAUCGUGAUCCGAGGCGCCGGUCAUUACGUGUUUGCUGACCAGCCGGAGGACUUCAACCACACAAUCCUUCGUAUUCUUGACCUGAUGGAUGGGAAAGGCAUAGACAAAAAAACAAAGCAGUAAAAUGCUGAUUAACCAAAGCUGAACCCAUCGCACUAACAGAGAAAUAAGCCCCUUCAUCAUGCACUUUAUUUCUACGAGACAGAAUACAGGGUCUCAUCACUCCACUCUUACUAAGACGACUUAUCUGGGUUUGGUGCAAAAUGUUCCCAGGUUUAUUUCAAAUAUGUUUUGUAAAUAAAUGUGAAACUCAG